AUGGCCGUGUCCACCCUGUCCGUCUGCUCCAGCGACCUGAGCUAUGGCAGCCGCGCCUGCCUGCCCGCUUCCUCUGACUCCGGUACUGUCUCCUCCUGGGAGGUGGACGACUGUCCAGAGAGCUGCUGUGAGCCCUCCUGCUGUGUCCCCAGCUGCUGCCAGCCCACCUGCUGUGUCCCCAGCUGCUGCCAGCCCACCUGCUGUGUCCCCAGCUGCUGCCAGCCCACCUGCUGUGCCCCCAGCUGCUGCCAGCCCACCUGCUGUGUCCCCAGCUGCUGCCAGCCCUCCUGCUGUGCCCCCAGCUGCUGCCAGCCCUCCUGCUGUGUCCCCAGCUGCUGCCAGCCCACCUGCUGUGCCCCCAGCUGCUGUGCCCCAGCCCCCUGCCUGACCCUCAUGUACACUCCAGUGAGCUGCAUGUCCAGCCCCUGCCAGUCAGCCUGCAGCAGCUCCUGCACACCCUCAUGCUGCCAGCCCUCCUGCUGCACCUCCUCCCCCUGCCAGCAGCCCUGCUGUGUGCCCGUCUGCUGCAAGCCCGUGUGCUGUGUGCCCGUCUGCUCUGGGCCUGCCCCCUGCCCCUCAUCCUGCUGCAGACCCUCCUCCUGCAUGUCCGUCAUCUGCCGCCCCGUGUGCAGGCCUGUGUGCAGGCCGGCCUGCUGCGUGCCCGUCUCCUCCUGCUGUGCCCCCUCCUCCUGCCGGCCCAGCUGCUGCCGCCCGGCCUCCUGUGUGUCCCUGGUCUGCCGCCCCGUGUGCUCCCGCCCAGCCUGCUGA